AUGUCAAAUUCGACAAAAGGGCGCUCAGGGGGCUUGCUGCCCGUUAAUGCAGCCACCAGAAAGAAUGCAGCACCAAAUUCUGGCUCCAAAUCUGCCCCCAGGGCUCCUGCCCCGAGACUGAGACUUGUGAUUCGAAGACUGCCGCCAGGACUGACCGAGUCUGAAUUCUGGGCAGCGCUGGGCGACGACUGGAAAGUCGGCGCGGGUAAGGCGGAAUGGGCAGCUUUCAAAAGUGGAAAAAUCUCAAAAGACCUGGCUAAACCCUCUCGACCAUCGAGAGCUUACAUCAAAGUGCGAGAACAGUCAUUGCUGGAUGUUCUGUCCGCGGCGGUCAGAGGAGCAUCAUUUCAAGAUGCCAAAAAUACCAGCAAGGACCCAUGUCUUCUGGGACCCCCGUCAUUGGAGUUUGCACCAUACAACAAGAUUCCUAGCGGUCGUGCCCGCAAUGACGGAAGGCAGGGUACAAUUGACCAGGAUCAAGAAUUCAUUGACUUUCUGCAAAGCCUGACCCAACCGAUCACAAAAUCGACCACAAGUGUUUUGGAACCCGGGGAGGCGAAGCCGGAGAAAGUUGCGAUUACUCCUUUGGUCCAGUACAUCAAGGAGAAGAAGGCCAACAAGGCCAAAGAGACCGCUCAGGCAAAAACAGCCAAGUCACGUGAGACCAAAGAGGUCAAACCCGCCAAAUCCGAGACUCGUCCCACGAUUGUGGUCAAGGGAAAGAACCCAUCCGUUGCAGAAAAGGAAAAGGAGAAAGUUGAGGAGAAGGAGAAAGAAAGAGAGCAAGAGAAAGAGAGAGAGAAGGAAAAGGAAAAGGCAAAAGACCGAGGCGCCAAAGCCACGCAAGAAGCAGUCAAGCCCAUCGCCAAACCUGUUUCCCGGACGCCAGCCAAGCAGACAGCAGCGAAGCCCGAGGCCAAACGAAGUGCAAAAGAGACGGCGUCUCAGCCAGCAGCUGCACCGGCAGCAACAUCGUCGUCUGCGACGGCACAGGCACAACCACAGGCACCGACACCAGCCAGACGUGAGAGGGAGCGAGGCAACGUGAGUGCAGCUGCUCGAAUGCUCCAGCGCGAUCUCGGACUGGUGGCAAAGGAGAACAAGUCACAGCGAACUGGUAGAGGAGCUGCGACAUCGACCACUCCGACCAACACAACCGAGACCGCGGCUAGCGGCCCUACCAAAGGAGCUCCUACUGUACCGGCAAGCAACAAGGCAGAAAGUCCCAUCGAACCACCAAAGCAAGGGACGUCAACUCCGCCUGCUCCGAACACAACAGCCACACCCACACCCACCGGUCCUAGAGCAUCCCGAGCCCCCAGCACAGCGUCGUCCAAAGCCGGUUCUGGUGGUGCUGCUGCUGCAACACCGGCGCAGUCUCAACGGCCGGCAACUCCAAAGACCGGUCCGCAACCAUCAGCAGGAGCCAAAUCUGCAUUCCUCAAACACGCCAACCCAUCGCAAGGAAUCACUGAAGACACCUUACGAACCGUUUUCGGGGAUUUUGGCACCGUCACACGAUGCGAGAUCGACAAGAAGAAGGGGCUUGGAUACAUUGACUUUAGUGAACCGGAAGGAUUGAAAAAGGCAAUGGCCGCGAGUCCAGUUAAAGUGGCUAAUGGUCAGGUUGUCGUGCUUGAAAACAGACCUCAACAUGGGAAACGCGGAGGACAGGCCAAGUCUACAGGAAACACAUCUAUCCAGUCACCACAGGCUUCGGCACCACAUUCAGCGCCGGCGUCGACGACAGCAGCACCAUCAGUGACGGGUACAAAGACGACGAAACCAAGCUCGUCCAAAGCCACUGCCGUACCUCCGGCGCCAGCAUCGGGAUCGGCAUCGGCACCAGCACAAACGGCAACACCAUCAGUCGCCGGCUCGAAGGAUGUCGAGCAAGUCUCGACAAACAGUACCCCUACCACAGCUGCUACACCUACAACUACGGCAGCGGCAGGUACCACCACGCCGGCGACAGCUCCGCGAGGACGAGGAGGCGGUGGUGGUGGCGGUGGUCGCAGCGGACGCAACAACCCGCGAGGAUCAGGCCAAGGAGCAAAACAAGGUCAAGGUCAAGGUCAAGGACAACAGCGAGGUGGUAGGGGCGGUGGAAGACGGGGUGGUGGCGGAGGAGGAAGUGGUGCAGCAACUUCUUCAGCCUCAGCUUCAACCUCAACACCAUCAACCGCUGCGACACCUGGCGCAGGUGGCAAUGCGAACGCAAAUGCAAAUGCAACUGCAGGCGGAAACACAUCAAGUACUUCCAAACCACCAGCACCAUCAGCGGUGCCGGCAAAGGCUGAGUGA